CCUUAUCCUCCGCCGUCGAAACGCAACUCAGAAACCCCAAAAUCGAAGCAUGCUGGACGUCGCCACCACCUAUUCCGCUGCUCUAACCUUUCAAUUUCGCCGUUCAAAACCCUCCAUCAUCCCCCAUCAAUGGCGGAUCAGAGCUUCCUCUGCUGCUUCCACUGUCGAUCUCACCGCUCUUCAAUCCGCCAUCGACAAGAAAGAUAGUAACGCAGUUAAGGAAGCACUGGAUCAGUUGAGGGAACUUGGUUGGGCCAAGAAAUGGAGUUCUCAGCCGUAUGUCUCCCGCCGUACGACUACUCUUCGAGAGCUGACAACGCUUGGAAUUAAAAAUGCGGAGAAUCUUGCUAUUCCUAGUGUCAGAAAUGAUGCAGCUUUCCUUUUCACUGUGGUGGGAACGACUGGAUUUUUGGGCGUCCUUGCAGGGCAGCUUCCUGGGGAUUGGGGCUUCUUUGUGCCAUACUUGAUUGGCAGCAUAUCGCUAAUUGUUUUAGCAGUUGGGAGCAUUUCUCCUGGACUUCUUCAAGCUGCCAUAGAUGGCUUUUCAUCAUUUUUUCCUGAUUAUCAAGAAAGAAUUGCUGGACAUGAAGCUGCACAUUUCUUGGUUGCUUACUUGCUUGGACUUCCUAUUCUGGAUUAUUCACUAGACAUUGGAAAGGAGCAUGUCAAUCUCAUUGAUGAAAGAUUAGAAAAAUUGAUAUAUAGUGGCCAGCUUGAUGAUAAGGAACUUGACAGGUUGGCAGUGGUGGCAAUGGCUGGACUUGCAUCAGAAGGUUUAAAAUAUGACAAAGUGGUUGGCCAAUCAGCUGAUCUCUUCACUCUGCAGAGGUUUAUCAAUAGAUCUAAACCAAAACUUGGCAAGGAUCAGCAACAGAACCUGACUAGAUGGGCUGUUUUAUUUUCAGGUUCCCUUCUGAAGAAUAACAAAUUGAUACAUGAAGCCCUCAUCAAAGCAAUGUCAGAGAAAGCAUCUGUAAUAGAAUGCUUUGAAGCCAUUGAGAAAGCUGCUUAGCUAAUUCAAACUUUUUUUUUUCUAUCUGCGACGAUUACCAUUCUUUAUUUUAUAUAUACACAGAAAAAUAAUGAUAAUAAUCUCAUAUAUGUUAAAAUGAUGAUCAAUGGAGAUAAAA